AUGCUCCAGAAGCAGAUACCCACCUGGAUCUCCCACUACCUACCAGACCCAUGCCAAGCAGAAGAUGGCAGACCCUCGGGUACCUGUACCUUGGAGGAGGGGCUGUCCCCAUGCUACCUGCUAACAGUGAGGAUCAUCCGGAUGAAAAAUGUCCGACAGGCCGACAGGGUGAGCCAGACAGACUGCUACGUGAGCCUCUCGCUGCCCACCGCUUCUCAUGAGAAGCUGAGGACUAGGACCAUCUCCAACUGCCUCAACCCAGAGUGGGAUGAAAGCUUCAAUUUCCAGAUCCAGAGCCAAGUGAAGAACGUGCUAGAGCUGAGCGUCUGUGAUGAAGACACGGCGACACCAGAUGACCAUCUCUUGACAGUUCUCUAUGACCUCACCAAGCUCUGCUUCAGGAAGAAAACCCAUGUGAAGUUCCCACUCAACCCGGAGGGCAUGGAGGAGCUGGAGGUAGAGUUCCUGCUGGACAAGAGGCCCUCUGCCCCUGAGACCCUCAUCACCAAUGGCGUGCUGGUGGCUCGACAAGUCUCCCACCUGGAGGUUUAUGCAGAGUCCAGAAGGCAGAGGAAGAGUAGGAAAAGGAAGGACCUCCUGGUGACAGUGACGGAGUCCUUCGAGCACACUCAGCGCAUCUCCCAAUGCCUGGAGCCCUGCUGCACAAACCUGGCCUCCUUCCACUACCCCAAGUAUUUCCAGUCCCAGCUGCAUGUGGACGUGCCCAGAAGCCAAUGGAGCUGUGGGCUUUGCUGCUGUGGCGCGCACAAGAACGGCCCUAUCAGCCAGCCCCUGGGUUGCCUCAGCGAUGGCCAGGCGAUGACCCUGCCCCUGGGAGAGAACUGUGAAUUACACAUGAAGUCUACAGCCUGCCCCCAGAUGCUGGACGUGCGGCUGGGCUACAGCCUGUGCCAGGAGGAGCUGGAGUUCCUGCAGAAGCGCAAGGUGGUAGUGGCUGAGGCGCUGAAGCAGGUGUUGCAGCUGGAGGAGGACCUGCAGAUGGACGAGGUACCACUCAUAGCCAUCAUGGCCACUGGGGGUGGAACGAGAUCCAUGACCGCCAUGUAUGGCCACCUGCUGGGGCUGCAGAAGCUGAACCUCCUGAACUGUGCCAGCUACAUUACGGGCCUGUCAGGGGCCACCUGGACCAUGGCUACCUUGUACAGUGACCCUGACUGGUCCUCCAAAAACCUGGAGGCUGCCAUCCUCGAGGCCCGGAGGCACGUGGUCAAGGACAAGAUGCCUGCCCUGUUCCCAGACCAGCUCCUCAGGUACAAGAAGGAGCUCCGCCAGCGCAGCCAGGAAGGCUACAAGGUCACCUUUACAGACUUCUGGGGCCUGCUGAUCGAGGCCUGUCUGGGGGAUGAGAGAAAUGAAUGCAAACUGUCAGAGCAGCGCGCUGCUUUGAGCCAGGGCCAGAACCCCCUGCCCAUCUACCUCACCAUCAAUGUCAAGGAUGAUGUAAGCAACCAGGAUUUCAGAGAGUGGUGCGAGUUUUCCCCGUACGAGGUGGGCCUGCAGAAGUACGGGGCCUUCGUCCCCACUGAGCUCUUCGGCUCCGAGUUCUUCAUGGGACGGCUGAUGCGGAGGAUCCCGGAGUCUCGGAUGUGCUACAUGCUAGGUUUGUGGAGCAGUAUCUUCUCUGUGAACCUGCUCGAUGCCUGGAAUUUUGCCCGAUCCUCAGAAGAGUUUUUCCACAGGUGGACAAGGGAGAAAGUGCAAGACAUCGAAGAUGAACCGCUCCUUCCUGAAAUCCCCAAAUGUGAUGCCAAUGCCCUGGACACCUCUGUGGUGAUCCCUGGGUCGUGGCUGUCCAACACUUUCCGCCACAUCCUCACCUAUCGGUCCUUUGUAUCUGAGUUCCACAACUUCCUGUUGGGGCUGCAGCUGCACACAGACUACCUCCAGAAUGGCCAGUUCUCCAAGUGGAAAGACACUGUGCUUGACAGCUUCCCGAACCAGCUGACACAGUCCAUGAACCACUUGUGUCUGCUGGACACCGCAUUCUUCGUCAACUCCAGCUACCCACCCCUCCUCAGGGAGGAGAGAAAAGCCGACCUCAUCAUUCACCUCAAUUAUAGUGCCGGGUCCCAGACAAAGCCAAUGAAACAAACCUGUGAGUACUGCAACGUGCAGAACAUCCCCUUCCCCGAAUACAACAUGCAAGAGGAGCGGAAUAGUCAUCUCAAGGAGUGCUGCCUGAUGGAGAACUCCCAGGAACCUGGUGCCCCCGUUGUGCUUUUCUUCCCACUCAUCAACGACACCUUCCAGAAGUACAAGGCACCAGGUGUGGUGCGAAGCCCCGAGGAGCUGGAGCAGGGCCAGGUUAACAUUUAUGGCCCCAAAACCCCCUACGCUACCAAGGAGCUGACGUACACGGAGGACGCCUUUGACAAGUUAGUGAACCUCUGCGAGUACAACAUCCUGAACAACAAGGACAAGCUCCUUCAGGCCUUGCGGAUGGCAGUGGAGAAGAAGAAACUACAGAGGAGCCAGUGUCCCGCAGCCCCGGGGAGCCCGGCCCACCCUGCGUCUGCUCCCACCGUCCCCAGUGAGGAACCCAUCGGGGCUGCCCCGCCUGCGCAGCAGUCGGCUGUGCUCUCUGGCAAGGGAUGCAGGCAGGCUGGCCUGGGCUCUCUAUCAAAAAAGUAAAAUUUAAAAAAGUUGAGGGAGACAGAGAGAGCAAGAGACCAUAGGAAAAUAACAAGGCAUGUAUUGGGGUUUUAUACCCACUGCAAUUUAAAAAAUUCUUUCCUCACAGGGAAAGGAGUCCAGUAGCCACGGGCUCCCAUACAGGCCUAUGGUGUGGAGAUGAAGGCAAUGCCCGUGGAGGAGGCUGGCCCCCCAGAAACCUCAGACUCAGAGCCAGAGCUCAGCGCCCUCCCCUUUCUGCUCCGCUCUGCCUCCUGGCACAGAGGACCUUGGGGAAUGCACUCUGCUGCAUUCUCUGGGAAAACACUUUUUAAAUGUUAAGACAAUUAUAUUCUUGUGAAUUUUAUAGGCAAUUAUAUUUUAUUUUUAUGAAUCAGGAUAUCAAUAGCAUGCUACUAGAAGGUCUAGAUGGAGUGCUGGAGACAUCUGGUCUCUUCAACAACGAAGCCAAACAGGUGACAGGGUUUCAGCCACUGAGGCCCAAGGACUGCUGACUCCCGUGGUCCUGAGCAGGUGGCCACAGCUGACCAUUCAGCUCCAACGAAAUGCCAGGCAAAGCCCAAGUCUGCAACUCAGCUACAUUGAACAAGAAACAGUGGUGCAGCUCAGGGGUGUGUAGGCAGGUAAAUGGAUCCAGGCAUCAGGUGGGCAGUGCUGCCCGGCGCCGUCCGCUCCGAGAGGCCAGCACCCACUGACCAACCUGCUCCAGGAGCACUUCUCAAUUCUCUUUGCACCCUCCCUUCUGUUUUCCAGAUGGGAUUAUUUAUUUCUAAAUGGGAUUCCUCUUAUUUAUCAUGUAAACACCAUGGCCGGCACAUCCCAGCUCCUGGCAAGUCACCCUGACAGAAGGAAACUAGGAAGGGUCUACCCAGGAAGGACUAGGUUAGCCCUGAGGAAAAAGGUCAUCCUCGGAGAUCAUUUCCAGAUGAAUCUCUGGGAAAGCCCUGAGACAUAGAAAUCAAAUCAAAGUACCCAGGUCCCUCGUCAGGCUGAAACUUAAAAAUAUGUAACCCAAGCCACAUGCCAUGGAGGGUGUGACCAGAAAGGCGUGUGGUCUGCACAAAGCUCAGCAAACCUGGAAGACGUGUUGCUCUUUGUGGGCCACAGCGCUCUCUGGUUGUUAGGAGACAAGUGGUGACAGGUACCCAAAGUGUAGAAACUUUGGCCUCCAGUGUACAUCCUUGCUACUCCCAGUGUGGCGGGGAACUGGUUAGAAAUCCGGAUGUCAGGCCCCACCCGAGCUGCACUGAAUCAAUUUACCUUUUAAGGAGAGUCCCACCUCCCCUCUGAUGCCCAGAUGCCCACCCCCAGGAGAUGGGUGUGCAUAUUAAAAAGUUUGAGAGGUGUGGAUUUAUGCCAUACUUUCCCGUAAGCCUGAAAAGUGUAAGCAGUUGGCUCCCCUGAGCCACUGAUAAACUAGGCUCUUGGACCUGCAAAACAGGUCCCCAUCCAGAUCACGCCGUCCUGGGAGGCCACUCCUUCCCUCCACUAGAGCUGUCUCCACUUUGACAUCUUUUCCUUCCACCUGCAACAAACGGGAUCUCCUUCAAUUAUCAGAGCGAGCCACGCAGCAAGACCUGUUUGCUGUCAGGUGAGGGCAGCCCUGCCUUGGGUUCAACGAAGUAUGUAGAGUGACAUGUCUAAAACCAUUGUAUUAUUUGAGCACAAA